AUGACAGAAAUCCCAUGUGCCCAGACCCCUCUUUUUGUCUUGUUUCUGUUGAUUUACAUUGCCACUUUGGUUCGGGUGUCUCCCAGCCUCCACACCCCCAUGUACUUCUUCCUCUCCCAUUUUGCCUUCACUGACAUCUGCUGUUCCACAGUCAUCUCCCCCAGGAUGCUGGCAGACCUGUUAUCAGAGGACAGAACCAUUUCUUUCUCUGGCUGCAUGAUGCAGUUCCUCACCUUUGCCUUCUUUGCUAUUAGUGAGUGUCACCUCCUGGCCAUGAUGGCCUAUGACCAGCACGUUGCUAUCUGCCAGCCCCUGCUUUAUGUGACCAUCAUCUCCAGCCGCGUCUGCUGGCAGCUGGUAGCAUCAAGCUACUUAUUCGCCUUCCUCACUGCCAUCAUCUGCACAUGGUGCGUGUUUGGAGGUUCCUUCUGUGGUCUCAACCACAUUGACCACUUCUUUUGUGAUGCAGUCCCAGUGCCAAAGCUCGUGUGCUCUGACACCCACAGCAGUGAGGUGGUCAUCUUUGCCUUAUUCACCAUCAAUGCAGUGUGUGCAAGUGUGGUCAUUUUGCUCUCCUACAUCUCUAUCACCUGCACCGUGCUGAGGAUGUGCUCAGCACAGAGCAGGGCCAGAGCCUUCCACACCUGUGCCUCCCAUUUAAUGGCUGUUGCCUUGUUAUAUGGGACAGCAUUCUUCAUGUACCUACAACCUCCAUCUAGCUACAGGAGCCUGGAAAAGGUGGCCUCCAUCUUCUAUGCCAUGGUCAACCCCAUGCUCAACCCAUUCAUUUACAGCCUGAGGAACAGGGAGGUGAAGGGGGCUCUGCUGAGGUGCAGGGGAAGGUUCUUAAACCACUGGCAACAUAAAAGAGUUCUGUCAUUGAGGACAUGAACAAUUCACCUCAAAUGAGAAAGCCUAUGGGGCACUAAAACGAUGGCAUUCUCCCAGUUAUCUCCAUGAUUUGAUGUAGGUUUUCCUACAGUUACUGCACAACAGUCAAUGACAGUAUUGCAUGAG